CAACACUACUGACCAGUAGGGCUUUACAUUUCAACACAAUUCUCACGCAUUGAUCAUUUUCUACGUUCUUCACUGCAAAACAUUUCAACGAGGACCCUUUUACAAAAUCUGCAGGAAAUGGACUGACCACGGAUGGGAUUUAUGUCAUGUGGCGAUGCGUUUCCAUGAUAAUUCUAUUAGAGUCCAUGUGGAUGUCAGGCUUUAGAAAAUACUACACGCUGUCACUAAUGGAUAUAGGUGCUCAUCGGUUUGUCAGUUGAGCAGCAGCGACAUCAGUUUCUAUAAACCUGGUGUGUGGUGUGUGCUGGGAAGACAUUCAGCACUUUUAAGAAGAGAUAAAUGGUAUCCUUAGCACCGUGUGGGGACAUGGAACCAGAAGCUGAAGAAGCAGAGGAGACAUUGUUGGAGUCUGAGAUGUUUGUAAACACAAUUAGUGACAAACAGGAGGUGAAGAGUGAAGAAGCUAUUUUGCAGCCUUGGCAGGUGUUUCAAGAACCAAGCAUGGAGUUACAGAGAACGAAUAUCACAGGAAAGGAGAAUGGGAAGAAAACGGUAGGAGUCAAAGAGGAUGACGAAGGAAGUGAGGCAAAAAAUGAAACGGAUAAUAAAGUGGCAGAAGCGAUGAUGUGUGCUGAAAACUUAAGCAACAUGCCAACAGAUGCUAAUGACUCAAGCAGCGACCCAACCAAUGAGCCCAUCUCCUCAAAUUCUCACACCAGCCCACCUGAGACCAAUGAAUCAGACACAGGGGACAGCAGAAAACUGACAAAGAACCCCAGCUUUGGGAAAACAGUUCGUUUUAAGGAAAUUGAAGCAGUGGAAGAAAGGGACAGCUCAGUGGACACCCUUUUUUCAGACUUUGAGAUAGAAGAGUGGACCACCACCAGCUUUGAAGAGCUGUUUCUGGCAGAUGACUGGAAGGACAUUGCAGAUGAGCGUCUGAUAAGGAAGAAGGUGUUACAGGCCAGUCCCGAGAAUGCCCUGACCCCGGCUUGGGGUCAGGAAGUCACACUGAAAAUGCAGGGUGUGCUGGAGGAUAGGACUGUGGUGGAGAAAGACUGCAAGUUGGUCUUCGUUAUCGGAGAGGGAGAUGUCAACCAGGCCCUGGAAGAGUGCACCAUUUCGAUGAAGCAAGGGGAGAUCGCAUUACUGCUUGCAGAUUCACAAUACACCUAUGGACAUCUGGGAAGGUAAGAAGGAAAA